CGAAUCAAUUAAGGUUUUUAACAAGGUUUGACCUUUUUCAGAAGUGAAGACAGAUGAGUUCAGACGUAAGGAAGUAGAAUCUAAUUUAAUGACAAGAAAACUAAUUGAGAUAAUCCCUGAUAUAAUAUUUUAAAGAAUCACUUGAAAUGCUAUGUUUACAAUUUGGCAAAUUUAUUUAUUUCAUCCUAUACUAUUGACUUAUGGUAAAAACAACUUUUAACCUUCCCCGUAGCAGCAAACCUAAGCACUCGUUGAAUCUAAUGUUAUUGAAAUUGGGAAUUAAUAUGCCUUAUUUAUGGAAAUAUUUUAGUAAAAAUUAAAAAUGUAAUCAGACAAGUUGAAAUUCCCUUAGUCUGCUGCGGCGGGGGUAUUUAAUAUAUAGGCUAUGAUAUGAUGAGCGGUAAGAUAUCUAUCUUGCCAAAGUAACAACGGCUGGGCCCACAAUUUGUUGGAGGAAAGUCUGUUGGUGGACUGUUUCCUUUACUUCAUAAUUGCUGAAAUCCAACAGAAUCAUCAAGGGAGUGUUUAAUAUUGCCAAGAAACUCAUUCACAUUGCCAAAGUUAAAUCAGUAAAAAAAGCAAAACAACAGAUUAUAUUGAUUCAAGAAAUAAUAUAAUUCAAAAAGGAAAGACAAGAAAAAAAGGGAAAUCCCUGUAGUAUAUUGUAAAAUAACUAAUAUGCAUAGCAAAAUUUGAGUUACUAUUUAUAUACAUACAAAUCACUUUGAUAGGUGAAUUUUCUAACUACUUACUAGCUUAUGUGAUAAUUUUCAAAGGGAUAAAAAGUGCAAGAAUAGAAAUGUUACCUUGCUCUAAAGAUUUUUCUCUCAAGUGUCCAAUAUGUGAGCAAAGUUGUUCAACUCGAUCCGCACUGAAGCUUCAUAUAUUAUAUCACACAGGAGAGCGUCCCUUUAAAUGUUUGGCAUGUGGAAAAACCUUUUUCCAACAACACCUUGUAAAAACACAUUUGUUGAUACAUUUUGGAGAACGUCAUAAGUGUACAACAUGUAAAAAAUCCUUUACAACCAAAAGCAGUAUGAAGACGCAUUUAUUAGUUCAUACAGGAGAGAGACCUUACAAGUGCUCUGCAUGUGAAAAAUCCUUUAGAACCAAAAGCGAAAUUAUUAGACAUACAUUGCUUCAUACAGGAGAGAGACCUUACAAGUGCUCUACAUGUAAAAAAUCAUUUAAAACCAAAAGCGAAAUUAUUAGUCAUACAUUGGUUCAUACAGGAGAGAGGCCUUACAAGUGCACUUCAUGUGGAAAAUCCUUUGCAUUCAAAAGCUAUAUGAAGAAUCAUUAUUUAUUAUUUCAUACAGAAGAGAAACCUUACAAGUGCACGUCAUGUGAGAAAUAUUUUGCAUCAAAAAACCAUUUGAAGACACAUUCAUUGAUUCAUACAGAAGAGAGGGCUUACAAGUGUAAUACAUGUAAAAAGUCUUUUAAAACGAAAAGCAUAUUGCAGACACAUUCAUUGGUUCAUGCCAAAGAGAGACCUUACAAGUGCUCUACAUGUGGGAAAUCAUUUACAACCAAAGGCAAUAUGAAAACACAUGCAUUGCUUCAUACAGGAGAGAGACCUUACAAGUGUUCUACAUGUGGAAAAUCCUUUACAACCCGAGGUGAAAUUGUUAUACAUUCAUUGCUUCAUACAGGAGAGAGACCUUACAAGUGCUCUAGAUGUGAAAAAUCCUUUACAACCAAAAGGGAUUUGAAGAUACAUACAUUGGUUCAUACGGAAGAGGGACCUUAUAAGUGCUCUAUUUGUGGAAAGUCCUUUGCUGUUGACACUUGUUUGAAGAAACAUACAUUAGUUCAUACAGGAGAGAAACCUUACAAGUGCUCUACAUGUGAAAAAUCCUUUUCAUCCAAAGGUGAAAUGAAGAAUCAUUUAUUGAUUCAUACAGGAGAGAGACCUUACAAGUGUUCUACAUGUGAAAAAUCCUUUACAAGGAAAGGACAUAUGAAGAGACAUUUUUUUGUUCAUACAGGAGAGAGGCCAUACAAGUGCUCUACAUGUGAAAAAUCUUUUACAAGAAAAAGCGAUAUGAAGAGACAUUCAUUGGUUCAUACAGGGAACAGGCCUUAAUUGCUCUACAUUUGGAAAAUCCUUUAAAACCAAGGCAAAAUGGAGAGACAUUCAUUGGUUCAUACAGGAGAGAGACCUUAUAAGUGUACUACAUGUGGAAAAUCCUUUACAACCAUAGGCAAUAUAUAAAUAAAUAUUUCUUUAUUGUCUCAUAACGUUUUAUACUUGUAGCAUAGUUAAAUAUCCCCGCCGCAGCAAACCUGCAGACUAAGGGAAUUUUCAUUUACCCAGCUGGAUUUCUACCAAAAUAUUCCCAAAAAAUUGUCAGAUUUAUUUCCUAUUUAAAUAACAUUAAUUUUAGUGAGUACUUGGGUUUGCCGCAAAGGGGAAGAUGAGUUGUGUUUUUUUUUUUUUAUUAUUAAAAUGUUGAUAGCUUAGUAUGAAAUUCAAAAAAUCGCCAAAUUUGAAUUAAAGAUUUUACUACAUAAGUUUAUUUUUAAUUCUCCAUGAGAAUAACAUGGACAUUUAUAAUUUAAAAAUUUUUCAGAAUUGUCUCUGUUACCGUUAGGCA